UUGCCCUGGUUACAGAGUUAGACUAGGGCUGAAGAGAUCCAGGAAGUCUCUCAAGUCUCAUUCAUAGGCCUAGAAUUUUUUUUUAAGGAGGAGCAAACCCUGUGCCCUCCCCUAAGGAGCGCGGAAAGAGAGAAACAUAAAAGCAUAACAGGAAAUUGGGAAAGGUUCUUUUGUCAACCCUAACUCCAAAGGACCUCCAGCAAUUCCUUCUACCGAAGCUGAGCCACUAUAUCUUCUACACAUCUUUUUACCUUGCAGGUGGCGGUUGCUCUGGCACGGCUCCCCCUCUGCACCCGCGGCGACAGCCAGAGCCCAUGGAAAAUUCGGACGACCGGACCGAGGUGGUCUUGCUGGCCUGCGGCUCCUUCAACCCGAUCACCCACAUGCACCUCCGGCUCUUUGAACUGGCGCGGGAUUACUUGCACGAGACGGGGAAAUACAAAGUGCUGAAGGGGAUCGUUUCACCGGUGGGGGAUGCGUAUAAGAAGACGGGGCUGAUCAGUGCCAGUCACCGGGUGGCCAUGGCAAAGCUGGCGACGGAGAACUCUGACUGGGUGGAAGUGGACGACUGGGAGAGCAGCCAGAAGGACUGGCAGGAGACCAUCAAGGUGCUCAGGUACCACCAGCAGAAGCUGAAGCGUCCGCCUCUCGCCAAGAGUUUCGACCCCGUCGCUGCCCCCAAUAAGGCGGGCCGGAAAAGGAAGCGAGAAGCCGGCAGCCGGGACCCCGUCCAACGAAACCAGCCGCAAACCAAAGGUGUCCCCCAGCUGAUCAUGCUUUGCGGGGCAGACAUCCUGGAGUCCUUUAGCGUCCCCAAUCUCUGGAAAGAGGAAGACAUUGUGGAGAUCGUUGCCAACCACGGCAUGGUGUGCGUCACCCGGAUGGGGAUCCACGCUCAGAAAUUCAUCUACGAAUCCGACGUGCUCUGGAACCACAAGGACAACAUUCACCUGGUGGAGGAGUGGAUUGCCAACGAUGUCUCGGCCACCAAGAUCCGGAGAGCGCUGAGGAGGGGCCAGAGUGUCCGGUACCUUGUGCCGGACAAAGUCCAGGCGUACAUUGAGCAGCACGACCUCUACACGGCCGAGAGCGAAGAUCAGAAUAAAGACGUUGUCUUGGCUCCUCUGCACCGAUAUACGAGGAAAGCAGCCAAGAACUGAACACUCCUUUCCUGCAGGGACAGGAUGGGGGGGCAGGUAGGAUGCACUCAAUGAUCGGAGUGCCUGCCGAUGCUCCCCUUGAAUGGCCUACAUUCGGGGCCGAUUCACUGGCUCCGGCCCCCAAGUGUCUGGCGUCUCCUGGUGCCUAGAAAUCGGGGCAUUCGGUAAAGCAGUCAACUGACUCUUCGAAACAGCCACAUGGACCUGCUCCGGUGUGUUUUGUGACCGCUUGAUUGGUCCAAAACUGCAAUAAUCGCCCCUUUACCUUCCCAUUCUUGGGUCACCCCGGUGUCCUUGGACUGCAACUCCCAGAAACCUGGGCCAGCCCAGCAUGUGGGGAAUAGUCUUCUGGGAGUGGCAGUCCCAGAACACCAAGGUGAUGUAGAUCCUUGGCCUACGCCAGUGGGCAGAAAUGGUCCAGAGCAUAGCAUCAGCCGCAAUGCAUCCUGGCCCAGUUCCAGUUUGGUAGCUGGAUAUUACCUGUUUGAGGGAGGGAGAAGCAGUGGCCGACAACAGCAGCGAGGGGAGAACGUUUUCCCGUUGGGUGUGCUCAAAUGGAAAGAGGAAGGAAGGACCCCAUUUUCCUCCACCCCUUUGGGUGUCCAGCUGCAGGCUGCCUCUGGCUCCCCGUAAGGCACAGGUCUUUUUUUUCCCCUCCUUCCCGAUUUCCUGCCAAAACAGCAGGUGUGGUUCUAGUUAACACCAACGCCCAACCAAGUAAACCCUGGUUGCAUCAUGAACCACAGUUCGCACUGGGAUCGAGAUACAGUACUCAUGAUAGCACUGGUGGAUGGUUCUGAAAAGAGGGAGGAAGAGAGGCUUCGUGUCCUAAAGGAAGGGGAAAGGGGAGAAGCAGGAAGGAAGCUCUUGGUCUGCGUUCCACAAUUCGAACGGGCAGGGUUAUGUCUGCAAAAUGCUGUUUGUGGACAGACUGGGUGUUGCUGCGUCACUGUGUUCCUACGGGACUGUUCUUGGAAGGAAAAAAAAGAACCAAGCAGGAAAGGGUUAGUCCACACAUUCAACUUCAACACAACAGGGCCAGAUUUUUGCACUUUUCCCCCUCCCUGGCAGCGUCCUGUGAUUCUAUAAGACUCAAAGAAAUAAGCUGCAGGAUUUAUUCGUAUCGGGGCUGGGGGGGUGUCUGUGAAAAAGGAUCUUGAUGGGGCGAACGGAUCCGAUGACUUGAGAACUUGUGCAAAGAAGAAACAGAAUAUUCAUGAGCCGUCGACUCCCUGGAGCAAGAUUCCUCCUGUUUAAAAAAAAAAACAACAAAUUAGAAGUUGGGGUGGGGGAGAGGGAAGGGAAAAUGUGAAAAGCCAUGAUGUGCAGUAUAAUGAUUGGAGUUUGUCAGGGCAACAGUGCUUUUUUGUUUGAAGAUUUUUUAAAAAAACAUUAUUGCGUAUAGAGAGAAGAAAGAUCCUUAGAAAAUCUGCACCCGUUUCCUUUGAACCAGGGACCUGGAGGUUUUGAGAGUUGCUGGACUACAACUCCUAUCACCCACAGUUUGACCAUCCUGGGUAGCUGCCAGGUUAUAGGAGUUUUGUAACAUCACAGAGCUGAAGAUCUCCGGGUUCAGGGACGCCAAACGACACCCACAAACAGAGUCAGCGUUGUUAUGGCUCCUCCAAAAGGCAUAAUGGAAGGUGGCUUCAAGGCUCUUUCUUUUUAAAUUAGCUUUUGAGCAUAGGUGUGGGGGGAUGUUGAUUUAUUUUCCUUGUUUUUAUUUUUGCUUUCCAUUUUUCGCUCUAAAACAUUGUUUAGAUGAAUCAUUCGCAAAAGAACAAAGCAGAGCCCAAGAGUGGCGUGUUUACAAAUUUGCCUUUCAUUACAGAAAUUACACUUUGCUACUCCUCACCAACAGUUUACCCUUGAGAAUCAUCAUGCUGGAAUGUGUUUUGUGUGCGUGCACACGGGUGCCUUCCUGCGCUUUAUUUUCGGUGCCAGAGAAGCGCUGUAUAGAAGCCAAGAGGGGGGAAUGCGUGUGUCCUUUUGCAAACUAUCUCUUGGAAAAUUAGAAUAAACCCGGUGCAAUAAA